GACUGUUCACACAGGCUUUACGCAAAGCUGUCUCUCCCUCUUUGUAGUUCUUCCUGCUUACUGUGGCAAGCUCAGAGUCUAUUUUUGCUUGAUGAUGUGUUUUGCUGGCAGCACACUCCUCUCCCAUGUCCCCCUUUGCCUCCACCUCUUUCUCCUCCCCUGAUGUGGCUCCUGGGCUCUGCUCUACACUUUUAUCUUCAGUUUGGCCCUUCAGGUUAGCCACGUUGCUUUCUGCGCUCUUGUGAGCGGUCGGUCUCCUGCCAGCCCUGCGUCCCCUCUCUCUGUGCAGCGUGCUGAUUGGUGGGUAAGGGCUGGCUGACAUGAGAAUGCUGUUAGAGUGAAGUUCGUCCAGGGUGGGACGGUGAAUGAAGACGUCGUGGCCGUCUGGCAUGCGCUGACGACCUCUAAAGGCCAUGGGGUUGGAAGGCUGACAUCCCGUUGACCAGACGGUACCAGUGCUUCUCAUCCAAAGCCCCCUGCUCUCCCAGCGCUGUCAUCUUCCUCAGCUGCUCCCGUGGGGUCAUGACACACAAUGUUUGACCUCCUCGUGAAUACUGCUGAAGUUCAAGUAAAAAAAAAAAAAAAGAAGAAGGUCAACUCAAGGUCAGUCAGUUGCAUUCCUAUAAAUUAGAACAUGUGAGAACCAAUCUGACAAAGGAGUCCUAUAACAUUGUGUGUAAUAGGAUAUGAAUUAAGAGUUGCAUAUUUUAUAAGUACAUUAAAUUAAAGUAAUUUACUGAACAGUUAAAUGCUUCACCAUCUGGGUCAGUGCUGUAUUUUUUUGGUAAUUUUCUGUCACUACCACUAGAGUGCAGCAGUUAUCCACUUCAUUUAAGAUAACUGCUGGUCAUGAAUGACAAUGUUGACUGAAAUGUUGCCAGAUCUGGUAAUUCUUAUCGUCCACUAUUGUCAUUUAAUGUACAAAUGUAAACAUGAGUGAUAUCAUACAUUUUUUCAUUCUGCUAAGCAAAGUUUAUUUCAGCAGCAAAGCAAAUUUCUUCUUGUUGUUGCAGAAAAUGUCAUGUGCCAGGUUAUCGGACCAAUUCAAAAUAGUUCAGUUCAAAAUACUUAAGGAAAAUAUUCUGUUAAGAUUUGAUCAUUUCAUUAAAUUUUCUAACCUUAAACUCAUACAUAAUUGUAAUAUAAAUAAUGUUUUCUGCCUCAGUCACCUACGGGCUGUCCAUUGGGAAAAGGGAAGAUGCCCUUUUGCACAUCCUCAUUUAGACCUAUUUUCUAUUCAGAGAAUCAACAUGAGGAGCUUUUCACCCACUGAAGUCAAACUGGAUCAUGACUGGCAUCAUUUUAGGCUCUAAUUGAAAACAAUUUUAAAGAGGGAUCAGUCAUGUAGUCAUGAAUGAUCUUGUGCUGGUCAGUUUAUAGUAUGGUAUCAUUGUUUUGUUGUUGUGUUUUGUGUGUAUCUAGGUAUUGUGGAGCUUUAUGGAUUUUAAAGGCCCAUCUAUGGAUGAGCUUUGCAAACUAGCUUAGCUAGCUAUAUUAAUGGUGUUAUAUUUUGCAUUGGUUCAUACUAUAGACUUGUCCCUAUACAAAUAAAUGCUACAUGAAUAAAUAAAUGAACAAAACAGGGACUUUCUAAAACUGUAGAAUGAGUAUGGGAAUCACUCACACACGCAAACACUGGCCAAGUUCAUUCCCUAACCUUUGACCCUUCCUCUCACGUCUUACCUCAGCCCUAGCAUUAAGUAUUAAUCUUAAACCAACGUUAACACUCACUGUAACGUAAACCUAAUUCUAAAUUUAAGUUUAAUCCCUAAAUCCAAAUCCUUACCUUACCGCUUAAAGGUGUGAAGACCAGCAAAAACAAUCCCUUACUGGAGGAUUUCUUUUCUUAUUUUACCAUCCUUGGUGCAGUUGGUUCUCUUAAGUAUAGUAAUAAAAGGAUACACACAUACACACUCACCCCAAAUGGCCACAUUGUUCUUGGCUGAGGCAGCAGCUUGUGCACACAAGCACAAUCGACUUAGACACCUCCAAUUAGCCUUCUACACUGCAGAAAUCCCAUUACAAAAUAUGAUACUGUAAACGACAGCACAAUAAUCCAGUUCUGCUAAUCCAGCAGGCCAGUGUGCAAUAUGUUUCUGGAUAGAUAAAAAUGAAUCUGUCACACAAAACUUCACCAACCAACCACCUCUGUAGAUGAUGUCAGGUUACGCUGAUUAUCAUUGCAUUUUACUAAAUUGUUCACCUGUAUAUGGGACAUGUGUAAACUGUGCACGUGGAUUUAGCCAUAUUAUUUCUGCUGUCCCCUCCCCCAGACAAAUGAUGCCAUAAGAUUUGCCCUGCGGACUUGUGCAUUAUCCACAGUCCCUCAAGUUCCCUCUGAAGUCCAUCUAAUCUGAGGGCUGUAAUCCCCUUGUUAGUCCUGCAACAGUCUGCUAGCUACAUCUGCUGACCUGCCUGCAGCCCGCCCUGCUGGCUGUCCACCCCCCCAUCCCCACCUUCCCAGGCCCCUGCUACCCCCAGGAUCCUAUUAGCUAAGUCCUGGCUAUACAGCACUUUAAAGGGAUGUGUUGGAGGUAAUCCGCACGUUUAGAGUUUUACCCUCAGCAAACCUUGCCUGUAAGCAUCCCGGACAAUACACCCUAAGUGCUAAGCCUAUUAGCCUCCAUUAGCUCCCAGGAUGUCCUAAAAACACCUUGGGGAUAAAUCUGGGGAUGCAAUCGGUUUAUGUGGAGCUAUGUGGUGCGAACACAUGCACCCUGCCUCCUCCUCCUCCUCUGCCAAUGUCACAACAGCUAGCAUCAGCAAAUGAGGAGAAAUAUAUUCUACGUUUAUGUCUGUAAUUCCCAAGUGGGAACUAAGCUCUGAGCCUCAGGGCCUCAUGUAAUGUAUUAUCGCCUUUACAUACUCGCCACUGGGAAUUGAUGAUACUGAGAUACUGUAGACAACUGCACAUAUUUCAAGAUAAUUAGGCUUGUUUAGUCUUGAAGUUUGUGCGGUUGAGCAGCUCACACAUUUGAUUACAUCUUGAAAAUAAAACAAUCAAAAUGUAAACUAAGGAAUAGAAAUUUGAUCCCUGACGCAUCAAAUAAACCUGUGUUCAGAUGAAAUAGUACCACAAACUGUGACAGGCUAUUGCCUCGGAAAAUUAGGGGCCUGCGUUAGUCCCACUUUGUGCUUUUCAUGUUUUACCAUUACAUAAACCUCCAGUUUCCCAAAAAAUAAAUACUUAGUGAUUUUUGAAAGGCACCUCUGAAGGUGUAUGCUGAAUCCUCAAAGAUUCUUCUAACCAUCUGGAUGGAAAAACUAUUCUGUCUGUUUCAGAAUAACAAAUACUUUAAAACUGUUUCUUGUGAGUUGUUGUGAAUUUUUUUUUCUAUCCAGGUAGCCCAAAAUGAUGUCCUUGCUCUUAAAAUUUCCAUGCAGCAUUUUGUGAGAGUUAACUCUGCAAGAAAACUUACAUUACUUCUUCUUACAUUACAUUGCUUCUUCAAUUCGGAAGAAGUAUUAAGAUCUUUUACCUAAGUGUAAGUUGAGGUACCACAGUAUGAAAAUACUAAAUCAUAAAGUUGAACAUUGAACAUUUUGCUUACGUGAAAGUACUUUCAGCAAAAUAGAUGUAACAAGUAAAAGUGCUCAUUAUGCAAAAUAGCACCAUUUAGAGCAGUUGUCUUAUAUACUAUUGAAAUAUUAUUACUGAUUUGUUGAUGUACAAGCAUAAUUUUAAUUUUGUCAAAGUGACACUACAUUUUAACAUAUAUAUGUACUGUAAUGUAGAGAACUGAUCAUAUGUUUACAUGUAACAUCUUAAUCUUUAACUAGUAACAGGCUUACAAUGCAGUAACUUUACCUUAAAAAUAUACUUGAGUAAAUGUACUUUGUUACUUUCCACCACUGUGAUAAACCUACAGUGCAAGAGGACAAAUGGGACAAUAUUUAACACAACAUACUCAAAAUAAAACCAUCAUAUACAUAAGAACAUAAUAAAAGUAUGAACCAUAAGAGAUUAGCUCAAAACAAUAUACUUUAAAGUGUGAGAUUUGCUGAUAAUGUAACAGAUGUAAACAUUUUUAAUUGUGGUUCACAUUUAAAAUGCAAAUCAUAUGUCAUCUCCUGCUACCAUCUUUGUUUGUAUUGCAACUUAGGAAACAGGGUAAACAUCCUAUUUACUGUGCAGCAGACAGCACAUUUUUUUCUUCUGAACAGUUAAAAGACUCUCUGAGGACUCUGGAAAUCCCUACAGUAUAACAGUAAUCAUUAAGAAACAAAAUUAUGGGUUUUUCAAAGAUUGCAGAGUAAUUAUUUUUUUUGAGGAAAAUAGCUCUGUGACUCGAAUGUAAUAGUAAUACAUGCAGUGCACAAACGGGUGCUAAGCUUGUGUGAACUUGAGCCAUUUGGAGGAAUCCUUUACAAGGCCUGAUCGAUCAUAGCUAACACGUUGAUUGGGUUUUAAGUCUCUUAAGUGAAGUUGUAACCUGAGACUUGAAGUAUACUGCUGUAACACAUGUUCAAACCUGACCUUGCUCCAUCUUCUUUGUUGGUGACAGAACCUCACAGGUAAACUUUAAGUGGCAUCAGCAUUUUGUGAGUGAAACUGUUUGUCAAAGGUGAGCUUGACAAACUUUUGUCAUAUUUCCUUAACAAGCAGAGGCCACACCGCAGCUGCCAAAUCCGGGGAUUGGACUCCUUGGAUUUGCUGUUGCCUGGUUAAUCUCAUUACAAGAAUGAAUUAAAGGGAAAAAUUGCUGACGACUUAGAUGGAGCCCUGAGGAGGUCAUAUCAGACAAGACAGAAGUAUUGUCUAGUCCUCCCUAAUCCCUUCACACACAACACACACACACACACACACACUCUAAAACCAUGCAUAUUCAGUUGCACAAAGCAGGUGAGAUGUUAUGAGACUUGUACAGUAAGUGGUGAGUGGCAGGUUUUUCUUAUUGGUUUUAAUUACUUUUGGUUUCAUAAGAUCACAUGAAAAAAGAUGGUGGUUGAAAGGAUAAAAUUAAAUAAAAAUGAAUAUAUAGAAAUAUAGAAUGUAGGCACAUGUCAAUGCAGCUGAUUAAAAACAAGAGGCCGAUUCACCAUAUAUUUUAGCAUUUUUUUCAUUAUUUUCAAGUGUUAUUUACAGAAUCUGGGCUAAUUAUUAGGUUAAUUAUACAGAUUUCAAGGUUGUUCCUCUAAUCGCAUUGGCCUUUAGAUUAAUUACUUACUGGGGGAUCAGUAGCGUUUUACACUGUUUACUGCCUACAUUUGCAUGACAAUGUGAAAAAAAUUUGCAUUGCGUGAUGUAAAAUUUUAUCUAUGUGCAUGAAUGUUAGGUUUGUUCCUGUAAUUUCUGAUCACAUAUUAAUAUUAUAUUGUAUACUCUACAAAAUAGAAUAUGUCGAUUUUGUGCUUUUACAAGAAUAACUGCAGAGUAAAUGUUACUUAAAAAAUGUAAAUUCAAACCAAAACCAAAUUAGUCACAAAAAGAAACGUAAGAAAUAUUGAAGAGGAGAGUGGGAAGUAGUGAAAGAGUAAGUUUUAAUUGACUUACCUUUAAGUUCACGCCAGUAAGCAGAUCUUGGAACUGGUUUUGUCCCAAUUCCAAUAAAGAAAUAAGUCAGAAAUUUAAAUGAAAAGCCUUUGGAGAGCUCACAGAACUUGCCUCUCUACUGUCCCUCUUUCACUGACAACUUAAUGGCCUCCCACUAACCAGCCAACUGGUCACGGUGCAGUCUGCCAGCUAGCUGCCUUAACUAAAAAAGACCUUUUAAAUACCAAUUCAUUUCAUCUCCAUUAGCUGGCCUUAUCUCCUGUGGUAAGCCCUCCCUGUCCUGACAUCACUGUGAUCUCCCAUCCAACUGCUUGCCGCACCUUGCAACUGAUGUGUAAUUACUGAAGCAGCACUGGUCCUAAGCAUGGAGUGCUAAACCUCUUUCAACAUUUACCUCACUAAUCCCUUGUUAGCACUUUAGGCCAUAGUUAAGACACCUAAAUGCUCGGCUUCCUUUUCCAGUGGCAAAAUGACCAACCCCUCGUCAACUGCCCCACGACCACAUGCAGAGAAGCUACGUGAUGCGGCUUGUAGACUUUAUAAACCGUAGAGAUCAGUCUUGUUUUUGUUUUUCUUCACGUCUAGUUUGGGUGUCAGAAGUAUUGUGCUCCUCAGGGUGCCAAAUGGUUGACCCAAACAUGCUUGGUGGUAAUUUGGUAGAAAUCCGGCUAAAUGUUGGCAGGAUCAUCCUCUCAGACCUCUUAAUCUGACAGUUUGUGCUCACCAGCCGCUUACAGCAUGGACCUGCACUUCUUCUUUGAAUUAUGCCUGGUGGCAGCUAGGUGUACACAACUGGUGGACUGGGUGGUGAUUUUAUACACAGUCUAUGAUCAGGACACUGCUGUGUUGUUUACCUUAUACAUGUACAUAUACUCUCAGAUGGCAGUUUAUUAGGUGAACCCAGAUAAAACUAAUGCAGUUUAAUAUGACAGUCCUGCAAUAAUUCCUCCCUUCAUGAAGACUGUUCUUCAUACUGCUAGGGAAUAAAAUUCAUGUUGAAUCAGGUGGAAGUUUAUUUCUUAUUUUACUUCGUUUUUGGCCCCCUGAGUUAGAAUUAAAUAUAUUUCACCUAAAAAUACUAGUAUCAGUCUAUGAAAUAUCAAUCAUGUGCAAUUUGGAAGCUCACAUCAGGUUUCUAAAUCUUCCAGAUUCCCAGGAAAAAAUGCAAAUGGUCCAUGUCGGUGAAGAUUCUCAGUCAUCUGGGUCAUGGUUAUCCAUGAAGAGUGGAAUCAACGGCAACUGGACUUCGCUGUUGGUACAGUAUCUCUGGUUUUGAUGAGCUCUUUAUAAAUAAACUUUAUGAUAAUGAUUAUUAUAUUAUCACUUGGCAACGAUGGCUGAUUAAAGAUUGUGGAGAGGUGGCAUUGAUCUGGUUGGUCAGUCCAGACUGAAAAAGAUUCAACAGCUUUUAGGUGGAUUACCAUGACAUUUUGUGCAGACAUCCACUGUUUCAUAGAAGAUGAAUACUAAUGACUUUGGUGAUAGUCUGACUUUUCAUCUAAACCUCUAAAAUAAAAGCAGAAUGACUGUUUUGGUUUUGAGUUAAAUGUCUGGAAAGCUAUUUCAUUGAUUUUCAUGAAAAUCCCUUUCUCUGGUGCCAUCACAUCAAAGUGUUAAAGGCCCCAUGUUUUACACUUUUCUAGUCUUUUCUUUGAAGUUUUGAUAUACAUAAGAAGAUAUUUGGUUUUAAUUACCAAAAACUGUCUCAAUAUAGUUUCACACCUCCUUUCUCUCCUGUUCUUCAUAGAGAACAAGGCAUUUUGUGUUGGACUCUGAGCCUUGCUUCAGAUUGGCUGGCUGUUUUCUGAGUGACACAUGACCAGACCAACCAUAGGUAAUGUACUGGAACCUAUAACUCUGGCUUGGUAAAACUCACCAGUAAAUACAAAUGGUGAUGGUCAGUCAGCACAGAAAAGAGCCGCACAGACCUUCAGAAAAGAAACACUUUAGCCACUGGUCUCCAAUAUAGCUAUCUUUGGGAAUAUUAUGCAACAAUAUAUUGACUUCCCGACUUCCAAAAAUAUUUCAUCAUUUACUCAAGCUUUUUUUUAGCCUUGUAGCUUACACAUAAGUUGUGUGUUCCUACCCUGUAAUAUGAACCACAGGAGCGUCUCUUGAAAUAGCACCGUUCUUCAUUCUUUUUGAAUGAUAGAAUUUGACACAUUUUCUAGUUUGUUCUCAAUAUUGCAUUUUUGGGUUCGCCUGACUUGUCCUAUGUCAUGCUGAUAGUCGACUUUUUAUCUAUUAUUUUUCCAUCAAUUAUUCAGCUACAAGUCUACUACCCCUCAUACAAAAAGGAGCCGUGCUGGGUUUUCCCCUGGAGAUGGUCCAGGCUGCCGCAGGGACAGUUUUCAGAUACUUUGUGGCUCAUUAUCCUGCUGAAGCUAUCCCUCUGACAAGAGGAUGUGCACCUGGUCAUCAGCAAUGCUCACUGGUGCACUGUGACACUCAAAUGAGACUCAUUUGGUACUAAGGGGCUUGAUGUGUGCCAGGAAAUCACUAACUACACCAUUAUAGCACAUUACAUUACACAUUGCACCAUCAAUGUGCCUUUGACACGGGGCAUUUAGACUCUACUCUCAGCAUAUUACAAAAGAUGUGCAGAUCCAGAAAUGUGUUGGACAGGGUGGUGUUUCUUUGCUCUUCUGUGAUCCAGGUGUGUUGAUCAAGUAUCCACAAUAGCCUCAUCCCUUUAGCAUGCGUGAGUUGUGUGUAGAGAGGUGCCAUUCUGAGCCGUGGGGACAGCUGUUGGUUAAAUGCUAACGUGCUCACAAGGUCAACAUGCUGAUAUUUAACAGGUAUACUUACCAGGUUCACUAUCUAAAAUUAGCAUCCAUGCCACCAUGCCGAUAUUUCAGACAGAAUACAGAAUAACAGCAAAUGUAAUUAGUAGUAAUUAGACGUAGACAGGAGAAGAACAUUGUAUGUUUCUGCAGCUGUCCAGGCGACAAGUGAGGCUGAUAAUUUUACUGAAAAGAGAAAGAAACACUAAUAAAGGACUUAAGAAUUAAGUGAACAGAGCAUUAGGACAUGUAAACCGCUAAUUUAGGAAUCUCCUAGGUGUAAGCUUUUUAUAAGGGAUUUUCUGUCCAUCUUGUUUGCACCCAGCAUUACAGAGUCACAGUGAGGCGAAAGGAUCAGAGCAGGUUUAACCUCGAGAGAAACAGGCUCAGCUAUAAAUUCACUGGGUCAGUGUGGACGUGGACACCAUACAUCUUCUAAUUACAGUAACCGCCUGGUGUCCGGAUUGCCUCCAUUUCCUGUAUUCUUUCCCACCAAAUGACAACUGUACUUAAGCUGUAAUCCCUCUAAGGUGGAAGCAUUACGUCUUUUGCGCCUGAUUGAGAUCUUGUUUAGGUCUUGAUUACCGUAGGAUUCCGUAGGAUCAAGAAUCCCUGAAAUAACGGGAAAAGCCUUGGAUCCUUUUUAUAGUACAUUCAGAAAAUACCUACUGACACAGUGACCAUUUUGUACGAGGACAAAUUCUGUGCAAAUAUGAUGUUUUUAUGCAUUUUAUCAUAACCAGUAAAUGCUAAAAAUACAUUAUUGUGCUUCUAAUUGAAGACAGGUGAUCAUGAAAACAUCAGUAGGUUUAAGUUAUUUUUGCCAAAUGUUUCUUUGUUGGUAACAAGAGAAAGAGUCUACAGUCAUGUUAGUGGUUCUGUAUGGCUACUGUCAAUGUACUUUGUACUGUCAAAGUGUUGAGAAAUUUCACUCAGAACCACGAAUGCCAGUUUCAAUGAUACUAAUCGUAAUGACCAAAGUCAUUAGGAUUAGGACAUUAAUGUCUGCACAAAAUUUUGAUGCCAAUCCAACUGAUAGUUAUUUCGAUCUGAACUAAAGUGAUGGACCGGCCAACUUUAAUCGAGACUUUAAUAACCUACUGCAGACCAGUUCUUCAUGAUGUUACGCAACAUCACUAUACAUUACCUAACUAACUAAUUAUUUGCUUAAAUUCUAGGAAGCUAUUAUUAACAGAAGUCAAGGUCUGUGUACUACGCUAAUGUGACUUUUACACUAAUCUGUCAAUCAUCUCUUUUUCUGCCAGAGGCCAGUUUAAACACAAAAUACUUAUGUGAACAGGUGCCAGUUUCCACACACACUCCACAACUUUCUCAGUGUCGCCUCACAUGUAAAUAUUAAGGAGGGGCUGCAGAAGAUGAAGGUCCCUCAGCUAUAAAAACCCAUCAAAACCCAGACAAUCACUGCUACCCGGUAAUACAGGCUGUGGAGAAAAAAUGAAUGCCAUCCAGGUGAUUUCCCUCACUCUGCUGUCCGUCCUGGCAGCCAAUGCUCAGGUCAUCAUGCCAGGAAGAUGCCCCAAGCCUGCUGUUCAGGAGAACUUUGAUGCUGCCAGGUAUCUUGGUACAUGGUAUGAAAUCCAGAGACUGCCACAUACCUUCCAGAAGGGUGAGUGCAGCACUGCCACCUACAGCCUGAAAAGCCCUGGAGUGGUUGGUGUUCUCAACAGGGAGCUGCUUGCUGAUGGGACCAUUGACUCCAUCAGUGGCUCUGCCAUGGCCAAGAACCCCUCUGAGCCUGCCAAGCUGCUUGUCUCCUUCUUUGAGAACUCUCCUCCUGCUCCUUACUGGGUUCUGUCCACCGACUAUGACAACUACUCUCUGGUCUACAGCUGCACUGAUCUGGGCGUGCUCCAUGUGGAGUUUGCCUGGAUCAUGAGCAGGGAGCCCACCUUGCCUGAGGAGACCAUUGAGGAACUGCACAGCACCCUGUCCUCCAUCGGAGUCAGUGUGGACAAACUCCUCACCACCAACCAGGAUGCAGCUUACUGCAGCUCCAUGCAGCAGUAAACAGACUGAGAGAGAUAAUCCUGAUUCAUCCUGCAGACCUACAUACCGCUGUUUGUUGUGCAUUAUGGUACUUAGGAAUGUUCUCUCACUGGGGGACAUUUGUCUGUCUCAUGCAAAGUCAAUGCAAUAAACUUAUUUAAACAAAGGUGCAGGUUUUGGUGCCUGUUCUGUGGACCUCUGUGGUGGUCUCGUGAAAUGACUUGUUUAAAUCAGUUGUUCCCAACUUGGGGGUGUGGAACCCAAAUGGCUGCUUGAUAGGGUCACAACAUGGUUAAAAGAAUAGUAAAGUGGCAAAAAAAAAACAUUUCUGGUGCGCAAAAUUGUUUUUUUUUUUUUUCUUAUAAUUUUUCAUUUAUUUAUUACU